GAUAGGGUGGUUUUAGCUUCCUCUUCCUGAGGUCGGUGCGUGCGCUGCUUGAUUUGCUCGCCAGUCCGAAGUUUUUUUUGGUGUGUUGCUGAGAGCUGCUGUAGGGAUGAUGAUGAUGGCGGAGCUGGUACAGGGACAGGCCUCGGUGGCUCAGCCUGGAACGAAAGCAGAUGGCUUCGCCGACGCCUUACACCGGGCCCGACAGCCCUCCCCCUCUUUCUCAUCCCUCUUGUCUCCUCAGAUUGCAGCUAAGAUGGGAGGUGACCAGAUGCCCCACAUGAACAACUCCUCUCCAGUCCUAGACCCCUCUCUCUAUGGCUACGGAGGCCAAAAGCGCUCGAUGGAUGAUGGAGUAGGUAACCAGCUAGGUGGAAUGGUACAUCAAAGGGCUAUUAUGACAGAAGACUUCAAAGUGCCUGAUAAGAUGGUUGGAUUCAUCAUUGGAAGAGGAGGAGAGCAGAUCACGAGAAUUCAGUUAGAGUCCGGCUGCAAGAUCCAGAUUGCUGCAGAGAGCGGAGGCAUGAUGGACAGGCCCUGCACUCUAACUGGAAGCCCAGAGAACAUUGAGCAGGCCAAGAGGCUGCUGAGCCAGAUCGUGGACCGGUGUCGAAACGGCCCAGGCUUCCACAGUGAGAUGGACGGCAACAGCGCCAUCCAGGAGAUCCUAAUCCCUGCCAGCAAAGUGGGCCUGGUCAUCGGCAAGGGAGGAGACACCAUCAAACAACUGCAGGAGAGAACUGGUGUGAAGAUGAUCAUGAUCCAGGAUGGCCCUAUGCCCACUGGAGCAGACAAACCCCUGAGAAUAACUGGGGACCCCUACAAAGUGCAGCAAGCACGGGAGCUGGUGGUAGAGAUAAUCCGGGACAAGGACCAGGGAGACUUCCGGGCCAACAGGGGAGACUUUGGAUCCAGACUGGGGGGAAGCAGUCUGGAUGUGGCAGUCCCCAGGUUUGCUGUGGGCAUCGUCAUUGGCAGGAAUGGAGAGAUGAUCAAGAAGAUCCAGAAUGACUCUGGGGUCAGGAUCCAGUUCAAACCAGUGUCCCCCUCUCCUUCAGACGAUGGCAUCAGCCCUGACCGGAUUGCCCAGGUGAUGGGCCAGCCUGAUCGCUGCCAGCAUGCUGUUCACCUCAUCAACGAGCUGGUCCACACGGCACAGGAUCGGGAUGGCUUUGGGGGUCCCGUGGGCCCCAGAGGCCGGGGCAGAGGCCGUGGGGACUGGAGCAUGGGCGCACCCGGUGGACUGCAGGAAGUGACAUACACGAUACCCGCCGACAAGUGUGGCCUGGUGAUUGGGAAAGGUGGCGAAACCAUCAAGAACAUCAACCAGCAGUCUGGAGCGCACGUGGAGCUGCAGAGAAACCCGCCGCCCAACACCGACCCCAACGUGCGCAUUUUCUCCAUCCGCGGCACAUCCCAACAGAUGGAAAUGGCCCGCCAGCUGAUCGAUGAGAAGAUUGGGGCCUCAGGAAUGGGGGGCAACAGCAAUUUUGGUCUGAACCCCUUUGGUCAAGGACCAGCUACCCCUCAUCAGAAUGGACCCCAGACAUUCAUGACAGGUGGAUGGGGCACAACAUAUCAGACAUGGCAGCCUCAGGGCCAGCAGGACCCCAGUCUCAAUGGAUCCCAGACUGACCAGAUGGACUAUUCCAAAGCAUGGGAGCAGUAUUAUAAAAAGCUAGGUCAGCAGAGCCAAGCCCAGAGCAGUGGCCCUGACUACAGCAAAGCAUGGGAGGAAUACUACAAGAAACAGAACCAGGCAGCAGGCCCUGGCUCCCAGCAGAGCUCCCCUCCGGAUUACAGUGCUGCCUGGGUGGAGUAUUACAGACAACAGGGGGCCUACUAUGGCCAAGGUGCACAGCAGACACAGGCCCCAGGCCUUCAGGUGAGAACCCAUCCAAACGCUCAGCACCAUCUCCACCCCACAACCCCCUGAGGUCUGUUGUUGACCACGGAAGUCCUUUAGGAGGAAUGUUGAAUGGUUUAAAGCAGGGUUCCCCAACUGGCAGCCUGCGGUGGUUUUAUGUGUGCCUACCCCCCCCCCGGACAUUAAAGACUAAUAACACCAGGAAAUCUGCUCCAAGUGAUUUUAUUUUUUGGAAAUCUGUACCUAAUUAUCUCCACGCAUUACGGAGAGAUGAUGUCAGCAAGGUUUGAAAAUUCAUUUUGAAUUGAUUGUUUUCGUCAAAUAUUAAUGUGGUGGUUAAUUUGCAGUCUAAAAAUUAUUUGUAAUUAUGUCUCGUCCCCCCGACCAUCCGUUCAAGAGAAUCUACCUGCAGCUGAAUGUAGUUGAUGAUCCCUGGUUUAAAGGCAAGGUUUAAUUCAAGUAUGGAGGUUUGAAAGUACAUCUGAUGAGAAGUUCCAUGUAAAUCCAUUCUGGCAUCUAUUAGGUUGAGUUUAACUAUUGUAAGGUUAUGUAAUGCAACUUGCACAUGUAAAUCUAUGUAAAAUGUAUUACUGUGCUUGGUCAUUGACGUGAACCUGUGUUUUGCAGGAUCAUUAGAGAGGACGCCCUUUAGUUGAAGAUUUUUGAAUCAUUGAGGAUGAAAACAAACCUUUUGUAACAGGUUUCUAGAUUUGCAACGCCUUGAAGACUUACUUUUUUCUUAGUGAGAAACACUAGCUGUAGACUGACUUAUACAAUAAAAAAAGAAGAAUAUUUCUAAAUCAGGAACAUUUAAUUGUUACUAAAUACUUGUGUACACCAUUAUUUUGAAUGGACAAUUCCUGGGAUCCCUUUUGGACUAAUGCGAGAGCUGUUUUGUUUUCUAUUUUUUCCUUUUUGAUUCAAAUGACAUCGCCAAAACGAACCCCGGAGUUGUAACAUUUUAGUAAAUGCAAUAUAAUCUAUUUUUUCUAGUUCUGUUGCAAUAAAAUCGUAAUUAUGGGCUUAGCAGUCUUGAAUACAUUUUUUAUUUUGUCAUAAGAUGUUUUAAGAAUGUGUAAAAAUGUUUUAUUUUCCUUUUACAUAAAGCAUUUUAAUUCAGUGAUGAAAAUUAUGUUUUGUUACAGGAACAUUUCUUUUGUUACGUAAUACAAGGAGUGAUGUUGGCAAAUGGCAGUCAGUUCCUAAUUUAAUUCCUGUUGUGCUUUGUAUUUUUUUCAUUGUCAUUUUAUUGUAUUCUGGUUUAAAAAAGUAGCAAUAUCUUAUUUCAUUUUUGAAACAAAGAUGGAUUCUCUAAUAUUUUGACAGACAUUUAACUUGUAGUUCAUUUUAGAUUUUUUUUUAAGGCAUAUGAAAAUGUAAUGGGUACUUUUUUUAUUACAAUGAUCUGAUAUUGGAAAAGGGGGAUGUUGCAUAUUGUGAGGUUUUUGCCUUUGCUAUCUUGUAAAACUAUGUAUGUAUGCUCAGAUACUUGACUAAAGACUUUAUUUAAAAUAUAUAUAUAAUUAAAUCUAAGAAGUUUUUUUCAUGGAGUCAUUAUCGCAGGAAAACUGUCCCUGUUCUGUUUUCAUACUGAAAAUGUUCAAAGAUCGUGAAUGUGUAAUUUGAUGUUGCAUCUUGCUUAGGACAAAAAUGAGAAAUGCUAGGUUUUUAUGUAUGUUCUGUACCUAAAUCAUUCAAGACUGCUAAGCCUCUGGAUUCUACCUGUGUAAUAAUUCAUUGUAGUUUUUUAUAUUCUAAGUAUUACGAUCAAAAUUGUCUUAUUUGGUACCACCCAGUUUCCCUAACGCCCCCUCCAGUACACACUGGACUUGUGUACAGUCCAAUGCUAAACUUUUUAAUUAUUUUUUCUUUCUACUUUGUGUGAUCUCGUAUGUAUGAUUGAAUAGUUAGAAUUGAAUCUAGUAUUAACUUCAUUGCUUAAUGAAAAGGGAUAUUAUAAUUUGAAAAUGUUUCAUUUUAGUGUUUUUUUUUCCUUGUGUACAGGUAACUGUGUAUUAAAAACGUCAAGACUA